AUGAAGAAUUAUAUGGAAGCCGGGUGGUUCUAUUCACCUCGACAAAUCGCUAGCUACAUUCCGCGGCGAUUCGUAACCCUCAAACCGCCUAGAAACAAGCUUCGUUCCCCCAUUGCUGUGCUCCGCGAGUUGGAUCUACACCAAUGGCUCAUGUUCACCGUGGGCUUUCUGGGAUGGACAUGGGACGCGUUUGACUUCUUCACGGUGUCCCUCACCGUUACCGAAAUCGCCGCAGACUUCGACGAGGAUGCAGCGAGUGUGACAUGGGGCAUUACCGUGACUUUGAUGUUGCGCUCCGUCGGCGCCCUAAUCUCAGGGGUCUUCUCCGACCGCUAUGGCCGUAAGUGGCCGUUCAUCGUCAACUUGUUUCUCUUCAUUGUGCUCGAGCUUGGCUCUGGCUUCUGCCAAAACCUCUCGCAGUUCCUUGCAGUACGAUCGUUGUAUGGAAUCGCAAUGGGCGGACUCUUUGGACCCGCUGCCGCCACCGCCCUGGAGGAUCUGUCGUACGACGCGCGAGGCGUUUUGAGCGGAUUCUUCGAGAUGGGAUACGCAAUCGGCUACCUUCUCGCCGCCGCCUUCUACCGUGCACUUGUCCCAACCACCACACACGGGUGGAGGAGCCUGUUCUGGUUUGGCGCAGGUCCGCCCGUCCUGAUCAUUGCCUUCCGUCUUUGCUUGCCGGAGACGAACUACUUCCAAGUGAUGAAAGCGGAGCGCGAAGCAAGAAAUCGUUUGGAGCACGCCGACAGUGGCGGCGCGACCGCUGGCCGUGCAAAUGGCUUCCGUGCCUUCCUUAAAGACUCUGCCAAGUCGCUCAAAGACAACUGGGUCUUGUUCAUCUUCCUCGUCGUCAUCAUGUCCGGCUUCAAUGCCAUCUCGCACGGCAGCCAGGACUUCUAUCCCACCUUUCUCAAGUCGCAGCUUGGCAAGACACCGACGCAGGUCACGAUCAUCACGGUCGUCGGACAGGCUGGCGCGUUCAUUGGUGCCAACAUCGUAGGAUACUUCAGCACCUUCACCGGCCGACGAUUGUCCAUGAUGAUUACCUGCGUUAUUGGCGCAGCACUCAUUCCGGGCUACAUCCUCCCGCGUAACAUGGAUUUGGUCGCAACCGUCUUCUUUGAGCAGCUCUGUGUCGGUGGUGUCUGGGGACCAAUCCCCAUCUAUCUUGUCGAAGUCAACCCUCCGACUUUGCGCACCCUUCUGGUGGGAUUCACAUAUCAGCUAGGCAACUUGGUCUCAUCGGCUUCAGCGACAAUCCAGGCGACCAUCGGAGAGCGGUAUCCUCUUCCUCCUGGCCCGGACGGUGAGGAGCGUUUCAAUUACGGCAAAGUCAUCGCAAUCUUCCUAGGAGCCGUCUGGGCAUACCUGCUGUUAUUCCUCUUCCUUGGACCCGAAAUGUCCCCGGAGGAGCGAGCGGCCGAGGCCGAGCACGCGAAGUAUUUGGAGAACUUACGCGCGCAGGGAGUGAGCUUGAAGGAAAUUGGCGAAGAGAUGGCUUUGAAAGGGAAGAAAGACGAGGAAGAUAACCGCUCGGUCUCGCCGCAUCGAUCGGGCGAAAAAGAGUUGGCUUGA